CUGUCCAGAGGAGAAGCUCCCAGAGAACCCUCAGAUGACAAAUCAUCGGGAACAUCUGACUAUUAUUAAAGUGGAGGAUGAAGAAGAGUGGAUGAUGGGUGAACCCCUGUGUAAGAGUGAAGUGGAGGAGGACAUUCCAGGAGAUGUUACCAAAGAAAAUCCCAGUAAGAAACCUGAGGGAAACUUCAUGUUAUCAUUGAAUUAUAAAGCAGAGGAUGAAGAUAUCUUACAGCGCUAUUCAGGAGAAACCUUUAAUGUACAUCCAGGACUUCGCAGUUCAGAUCUGUCCUAUAAGCCUCCUAAUUAUGAGGAAACUUUUCCUGACCCAUCACAGAUUGUUACUGCAAGUACAGGUCAGAAAGAAGACAGAAGAAUUAACUCAGUGGAGAAACCAUAUUCCUGUUCAGAAUGUGGGAAAUGCUUUAUAAAGAAAUCAAGUCUUGGUAAGCAUAAGAGGCUUCACACAGGAGAGAAGCUGUGCUCGUGUUCCGAAUGUGGGAGAUGUUUUACAAAUAGAUCACAUCUUAUUAUACAUGAGAGACGUCACACAGGAGAGAAGCCGUAUUCAUGUAAAGAAUGUGGGAGAUGUUUUACAGAGAAAUCAAGUCUUGUUAAACAUGAGAGACGUCACACAGGAGAGAAACCAUAUUCAUGUUCAGUAUGUGGGAAAUGUUUUGUAGAUAAAUCAAGUCUUGUUCCACAUGAGAGAAGUCACACAGGAGAGAAGCCAUAUGCAUGUUCAGUAUGUGGGAAAUGUUUUACAGAUAAAUCAAGUUGUGGUAAACAUGAGAAAAUUCAUACUGGAGAGAUUUAUUCAUGUUCUCAAUGUGGAAAAUGUUUUGCGUAUAAAUCAAGUCUUGUUACACAUGAGAGAAGUCACACAGGAGAGAAGCCAUUUUCAUGCCGAGAAUGUGGGAAAUGUUUUAGAAAUAAAUCACAUCUUGCUCAACAUGAGAGACGUCACACAGGAGAGAAGCCACAUCCAUGUUCAGAAUGUGGAAAACGUUUUAAAGAAAAAUCACAUCUUGUUAAACAUGUGAAAAUUCACACAGGAGAGAAGCCAUUUUUAUGUUUAAAAUGUGGAAAAGGUUUUAUAGAAAAAUCAUAUCUUGUUAGACAUGAGAGAACUCACACAGGAGAAAAGUAAGUUUCAUGACUGAGAAAUGUUUUACUACUAAAGCCAAACUUAAGAAGCAUCAGAGAAGUCACACAGGAGAAUAGCCUUUUUGACGGUUUAUGUGUGGAAAAUGUUUUGGAAGAAAAUCAAGUACUGAAAAUCAUCAGAACAGAAAAAAACUAUAUUAUUUUUUGGAAUAUGGGAAAUGCUAUAAGAGUGAAGAAGAAUUUUAUACCCAUUUUAUUCAGACACAGAAAUAUUAGGGCUGCAUGGCAAUAUGUGUUGGGUACAGCGAGUCUCUAGUCGUGCAAUUUGUCUGUAACUUGCUGUGGAGAUAUUGAGGUGAGGUUUGGAUGUUAAAAAAAGCGUCCUCAUUGUUACAAACAUAGAUUUUUUUUUAUUUGGCUCAUAUUAUUGUCUACUAUUGUCACCAUCUAGAACCAUAGCCUGCAAACUCAGAAACUGCUACCAGUCUUCUUUAAUAAGUCUGAUUGGUAAGCUACCCCAAGGUUCCUCACCACAGCCUGCCACAAGGCGGAUGGAUGGACUCGGCUGCUGGGGCCCAGGUUAUACCUGUUGAGUAAGGUAGCAGAAAACUGUUGCGAGCAUGCCUACCAGAAUGACCAGGAGGUGUAAAGAGUAGUCGACAAGGGGGGUAAUUGAGAAAACAAGCCACAGUCAGAGUGUUCCUGUUCAAGUGAAUGGGGUGGAGGAUCUGUAAUUACACCUACCCACCACUGCAAUGCUGACGGUGAGCGGAUAAACAAUGAAGAGAAGAGGUAGAAGCACUGCAUUCUCCUCUAGACUCUAGAACUGAGUGAUAUAUUGGUGGUGGGAAUCGCUUGUGAUGUCUGUUAAUUAACCCCUGAGUAAUGCCAACAUGAAGUCCGUGACCAAGUGAUGCUCGUAUAUGUGUUUUAUAUGUAUCCUCCUCCUUCUUUAUUACCCGCAGAACAUGAAUGGAGACAUGAGGAUGAAUUAUUAGUAUCUUAUGUCUCAGAUAAGUACUGGCCAGUAAGUUGCCCACUCAUUUGGGUUCUGCUUCUGGAAAACAAAUAGACUUCAUGAAUUUUACAAAUUUUCCCCCCAAACAUUUUAUUACACUUUUUGAAUAUAAAAUCGAACCCCGGGUCUGGGUAAUAAUAGAAUUAUAACUAUAAAAAAAAUAUCUAUCUAUCAGCACAAGAGCAGCACAGUUAUACAGCUGUAUACCGUAAACAAGCAAUAUCUCUGGGCGAUUAACAUUUUUAUUUCAGAUUAUACAUUUGUAUUUAAAGGGUCCAUUAAUACUACAUGCGUUUCCUAUAUUCAUGCUUAAUCUUUCAAAGGGUUAAUGGUUAAAUCUGCAGAGGUAUGCCCCAAGGAAGAGAACCGCCUCGGCAGUGCCACCUAGUUGAAGUGGCUCCCUAUGAGUCAAAAUCCGACUUUCCUUGGAAUUUGACAUGGGAGUAUAACCAGGUCAGAUGUCCAUCCGUAGACAGCAGUUUUGGAAAGGUUAUAUGUAAUCAAGAAGUUAUAACUGAAAUUGUUAUCCUUUUUAUCUCCAUUUAAGCAGUUUCCCUGGGACAAGUUUUCUACCCUGUUAAGGGCUUUUUGAACAUGAUUGGUUGGAUAACCUUUCUGAUUGAAUCUGUGUAUUAAUAUCUGACUUUGUACUGUAAAGUCACUGUCUAAUGUGCAAUUUCUUCCUAUCUUUUUAAAUUGACUAAACGGAAUUGACACCCUGAAGAAGUGGUAGCUCUAAAUACAGUGGAGGAGUUUAAGCAUGCAUGGGAUAGGCAUAAGGCCAUCCUUCAUAUAAGAUAGGGCCAGGGGCUAUCCAUAGUAUUCAGUAUAUUGGGCAGACUAGAUGGGCCAAAUGCUUCUUAUCUGCCGACACAUUCUAUGUUUUUAUGACAUUCAAUUUUUUUGUAAUGGGUACUGGUAAAAUCCAGAUAACUUCCCCGUGUGAAGAAUAAUAAUUCUGUUGUCCUUAUGUGAUAAUUCCAGGUCUAAAUAUUCUGUUUUUGCUUGUUGUGGGUCCCAGUGAUCAUGAGGUUCAACUCAUUAGUAUUCAAAAAGGGAACUCCUUCAGCUCCUCCUAACUGCCACCCAAAAUAAAUAUUAAAUCCUCUAUGUAAUGUCAGUAUAUCAUUUUAUUCCCAUUUGUGUUGAGAGUAGAUGUAUUGUUCUUCAAAUAUGCCAAUAUACACAAAUUACCAAAGCUAGGGGCCAAUCUAGUGCCCACUGCAGUGCCCCGAAUUAGUGUAUAUAAUUUUUCCAAUAUAAACUCCUUUUGGGCUUCGGACAUGGUUGGAUCUCUACUUUAAGGCCCAGUAUGUGGUGAGGUAUGUUGGUAUACAGAGCAGACCGAUCAAGGGUGAACCAUAAAUGAGUAUUCUUCCAUUUUAUACUGUACAGUUGAUACAGUAUAUAAGAGACGAUAUGUCAGAUUAGAUUUCAAACUGAGAAUGCAAUGGGAUAAAUUGCAGGUCAGUGAUGACAUGCCUGAGAUAAUGGACCUCCCUGGGGUAGUUUACAACACUCUUGUGGACCUUUGGCAGAUGGUAAAACGUUGCAAUGACUGUUCUUUAGUAGAAAUAUAUUGUUUCUCUUUUUUUUGUGAUGAUCUGUCUUCCUUCUGCCUCUUUUAGCAGGUGCUUGAACUCUUCAAUGUAGGCCCCUUGGACUAUUAUUAGAUCUUGGUCCAAAGCUUCAUAGAAUUUAGCAUCAGAGAGAAUCCUGUAUGCUUAAUUUAGGUAACCUCCGCGAUCCUGUCUAACGAUACUAACUUCCUUAACUGCACUUCUAAUCACAGUGUCUCUGUUUUCCAUCAUCUGCUUAAGGCUUAAGGAACAUAAAGGUUCUGAUUAAAAAACCUAAAGUCCUCAUAUACAGAAGCAAAGGAAGUGUUAACUAAACUGCCUUUGUUGUUUAAUAGAUAAAAGUUGGAUGGUAGAUUUAAAUUAGAAUGUAUGAUUCCUAAUGCGAAAGUUGCGUUCUGUGGAAUGUGGGUCUGAAUUUUCUUGGAGGAAUUUUCCGUAAUGACAAAAUGUAGUUUUAAGGUAAGUUUUCUUAGAAAAAUAUCAAGGUCCACAUAAAGAUCAAAUUAAUUUAUUUUAGCUGAUGGACAGGAAGAAAGACCCUUAGAUAGGACACUUCCCGAGAGGAUUGGGAUGAAAAACUGAAGAUGUUGACUUUCCUUCAGUAUUCCCCAUGACUGUUCUUGAUGCUGUGUAUUAGUUAUCAGCUUUUUGCGUUGCCCUCCUCUAUAUCCUCUACUGCUUUUUUUGUAUGGUUUGCAACAGAAGAAGCACCUCUGGUAUUCUAGCUACACAUCAGGUGAUCGGAUCGCUGCAACUUAUUCUAUUUCAUUUGGAUGGUCAGCGCUGCAUAUUUUCAGUGGAAUGUUCUGCUGUGUGUCUAGUGGGAUCAUGACAUUCUCUUUGAUGUGAUUUAUCUUUAAUUUUUUUAUUGAAAUUUGAAUUUUUGAAAUGUCUGUCAAUGGUCAUUCUGUCCUCAGGGCGGUCCACUUCUCUCUGAAUUUCCUGGUCUUUUUCACCAUUUAAAUGCCACUUACAGCUUCUAUUACUAUGCAUGUUCUUUUAAACCAUAAGGGGAAUUGUUAUCCCUGAAAUGCUUUAUUUUAUCUAUUAUCAAUAAAGAACCACGUACAUUGUGGA